AUGCCUGACGAGUCGCCUAUGAUCUCCCACGGCCGCGGAGGUCAAGGAAAUAUCGGUCACGAUUCCACGCAAUACAUUGACGGUGAGAUCGUCCGCGAAGGUUCCUACGGUGACCAAGGUGAUGGAGCAUACUCUUCCGGCCGCGGCGGCGCAGGAAACAUCGGCUCCCCAAACGUGCGCCCAACCUCCAAAGUGCCCCACGACGCGGAAAUGAUCCCCGAACUAGCCGUCCGCAAUUCCACCGAUGAGACAUACCACACUGGUCGUGGUGGUCAGGGAAACGUUCAUCUUGACGAGCAGAAGGAAAAGGAGAAGGAGAAGAAGCAUGUUGCGCAUGAGGGGUUGGCGGAUCGAUUGAAGAAUAAGCUUCUGGGGAAGAAGUGA